AUGUCUACCUCCAAGCCACUUGAAGUGACCAUUAUCGGCGGCGGCGUAAUCGGUGUCCAAAUGGCCAUUGGCCUCUUGAACCGACCAAACAUCCCUGCAAUUCUCUACGGGCAAGGCACAGCGAGAGGCAGGCAGGGAUCUGGCAUGGCUUUCACAUCCAACGCCAUGGAGAAUAUGCGCCAGUUGAACCCCGACAUCCUCAAGGCACUGGACAAGGCUGCUAACCCACCCAGAGCUGCGGUUUACAUGACGAAUCAACACCCUGACUUCUUUCAACGGCGGACGCAUGAAGGCGAGCUGCCGUACGAUUUCGCCAUCAGGAACAAGGCAGGCUGCGAUGUCCUGCGACCUCUGCCCCGAGACCAGUUUACCGCUGAGCUGGACAAGCUUAUUCCAGCUGACAAGUUCAGUAUGAGGCUGGAGAAAAUUGAGGCGAGAGAAGAUGGCAAGCGGGUGCUGACCUUUCAAAACGGGACGACUGCCGAGAUUGAUGCUGUUCUUGCAUGCGAUAGAAUCAGGUCUCCCACUCGCCGCAUGUUCCUCGACAAGACGGACCCGGCAGCAAUUCCGCACGACACGCGGCAGCGCGAAUACCGCAAUCACAUUUCGUGGGAGAAGGUGCUGGAAAUCCUCGGCGAUGCGGCCAACAACCUCAUCAUCAACGUCGGGCCCGGUGGUUAUGUGAUCACGUAUCCGUUCACCAACCCCGAGGGCAAGUUCCUGGGCAUUGGUGCUGUCAUGCAAGACGCCGAAGAGUGGAAGAAGCUUAACCUCAAGGACACCACCGAUAGAGAGGGUGUGGUCAAGUACUUUUCAGGCUGGGAGCCUGGCGUGCAGAAGUUGAUCGCGGCUCUGCCUGAGGCCGUGGAUUUUUGGAUCAUCUUCGACUCGACGAGACACCCUCUCAAGUUGUAUGCAUUCGGACCGGUGUGUGUCGCAGGUGAUGCUGCUCACGUCUCUCCUCCGUUCCUCGGCGUUGGCGCAUGUCUCGGUAUCGAAGAUGUCCUAACGCUAGCAACUGUCUUCGUUGAAUGA